UCCAAAAUUUUUCUCUCUCUAGAAAUAAAUCAAAACUCUCAUCUUCUUCCUCCUACGAUAAAAACAUGGCCGCAACAACCGCCGUCAUCAGUCCCUGUAAUGCCGGCCAUUUCGCCGCCGAGAAAACCACCCUCCACAACCCGAAACUAUCACAUCCCGAACCCACCACCAGUACUCCUCCUCCUUCCAACCACAACGACUACAGUACCUCCCCCCGCAACAGCAGCGACUCCGACGACACCUCCUCGUCCCCGUACUUCACAUCCCUGUCCGACUCCAAUGAAGAAGCGUCCCCACUUCACGCCCACUCGCCCUGGAUUGUUUCCUCCGGUGAUAAAAGCCAAUAUCCCCAGAAUGGUUUGAUCGGUUCGCUUUUUCGCGAACACGGUCACAUCUAUUCCCUAGCCGUAUCCGGCGACUUGUUAUACACGGGAUCGGAGAGCAAGAACAUAAGGGUUUGGAAGAAUUUAAACGAGUUUUGUGGGUUUAAAUCCAGCAGUGGGUUUGUCAAAGCGAUAGUGGUUUACGGUGACAGGAUUUUUACCGGUCACCACGACGGAAAAAUCCGGGUCUGGAAAUCAGAUUUCCAAACCCGGGUUUCUAAGGACCAUCUGGAGCGCGUGGGGACCCUGCCCUCGAAAAAGGACUCGAUUGUGACCUCGUUGAACCCGAAAAACUAUGUCCGGGUACGGCGGAAGGGACGCCGUAACGCCCCGUGGAUCAGACAUUACGACACUGUUUCGUGCAUGAGCUUGGAUGAAGAACACGGGAUUUUGUACUCGGGGUCUUGGGACAAGACGGUCAAAGUCUGGAGGGUCUCCGACUCCAAGUGCUUGGAGUCUAUCCCAGCCCACGACGAUGCUGUUAAUAGUAUUGUCGUGGCCGGGUUCAACGGGCUGGUGUUGACCGGAUCAGCAGACGGGUCGGUCAAGGUAUGGAGAAGGGAAUUAUUACAAGGAUCAAAUUCAAAGCACGUGGUGGUGCAAACGUUGUUGAAGCAGGAGGAGGCCGGCGUGACGGCGGUGGCAGUGAACACGGCGGCGAAGGCGGUUUACUGCGGGUCAUCCGACGGCCUGGUCAACUUCUGGGAACUCGAAAGAGAGGUGUUGGUGCACCGCGGGAUGUUGCGCGGCCACAAGAUGGCGGUGCUGUGCCUGGCCACGGCGGGGAGCUUGGUGUCCAGCGGGUCCGCGGAUAAUAGUAUCUGCGUGUGGAGGAGGGAUGAGGGCGGGGACCAUAUGUGCUUGACGGUGUUGUAUGGACAUAGUGGGCCGGUGAAAUGCUUGGCGGUGGAGGAAGAGGAGGAGGGCGGCGGCGGCGGGCGGUGGAUAGUGUAUAGUGGGAGCUUGGACAAGUCAGUGAAGGUUUGGAGAGUCUGUGAACAAGCCAAUGAUAUGAAGCAGUUGUAGGUUGAGUGGGUGCAAGUGGGCCAGCCUCCGGUUGCGGCGAUGUUGUGGCGGAGCUUGGGUUGUGCAUGCAGGAAGAGUUGGUUUGAUGGGUAGAUUGAAGGUGCAUGGUUGUUGUGAGGCUACAAGGAGUAACUUUCCAUUCCGAUAAGAUCACUUCGUGCCUCAAACACCGUUCGUAAUUGUAUUUUUGCGACGCGAUGACACCGCGCGAUCAUGGCGUUCAACGACGUCAACGUUCAAUUAUGUAGACCUAAAAACGUUGAUCGCAAAAACUGUGGUACUUGCUCACAAGUUUAAGUGACGCCCUAACACCUUUAAUGAGUAAUUGUGGUUCUAAGAAGACACAGGUCAGGAUACUGAUGCCGGGAUCAAUUACACCAUUUGAAAGUAUCACGUGUAACUUUUGUCAGUUUCAAGAAGGUUACGUUACGUGGUGCUUCAACGCCCUGAGUACUAACAGUGCUUGUGAGAAGACGAAAGUGAUUGCGGGUUCCAUAACGUUAUUUGAGACGGUGUUCAGUAGUAGGCCUGGAAAUCGUAAAAUCAUGUACUCAAUUAGGUAUACUCUGAUCACCACCAUAACGUGAGGUUUUUCAUUGAUGUGUAAUAGAGCUACGCGUUCCAACGAUUAUACUCCGUACUUCUUAUACCUAGUAGUAUUACUUAACGAGAUCUACAAGACGUACAACUCCAAUUAUU